AUGGCGGCGCGCUACGACGACAGCUUCAGCGAGUUCAUCGAUUUUGUGAACCGUGCGGAAGAAAUCGAGGACCACCAAGCCUACAGUUUUGUGCUGCCAUUGCAGCGGAACCUUAGGGAGCGCCAGAAUCCCAUGGAGGUGUUCAAUGAUCAGGAGUUUUUAGCGAGAUACCGUUUCUCGAAGGCAGCUGUGCUCGAGCUGCUGUCCAUGUUGCUGCUGCAUGAGAACACGGACGGACGUGGUUGCCCUGUGCCGCCGCUGUUGCAACUGCUCGUGACACUUCGUUUUUACGGCGCAGGAACUUUUCAGGUUGUGUCAGGAGACCUGGUUAACGUGUCGCAGCCAACUGUUUCCCGUGUUGUCACGCGGGUGUCUACAAUGAUUGCCGAAACAUUGUUCCCUGCGCUUGUCAAGUUCCCCGACCCGGGGAAAAUGCAUGAAGUCAUGCACCAGUUUUAUAAGAAGGCGAAAUUUCCCAGGGUAACUGGUUGCAUUGAUUGCACCCACGCGCGGAUCAAAAGUCCAGGCGGAAACGACGCCGAAGUAUUCAGAAACAGGAAGGGAUAUUUCUCAUUCAAUGUGCAGGCUAUCACAGCACCUCAACUUGAAUUCUUUGAUUUGGUUGCAAGCUGGCCGGGCUCAGCCCACGACAGCAGAAUUUUUGACAACAGCAGUGCAAGAGCUCGAUAUGAAGAGGGGACUAUACCUGGCGUACUCCUUGGAGACAUGGGGUAUGCUUGCCGACCAUACCUCAUGACACCAAUAAAAAAUCCUGGAAGCACAGACAGCCCAGAGUACAGGUAUAACAAGUCUCAAAUCCGGACACGGAACACCGUCGAAAGGGCUUUCGACAUCUGGAAAAGAAGAUUCCCAUGCCUUGAUAUGAAAUUACAAAUAGAAACGAAAACAUCUGCCAUUGUCGUAACGGCGUGUGCAGCUCUGCACAACUUUGGCCGGAACCGUCAAAGUGAUGAACUGCCUCCUGACCCAUGCAACAGUCAGCAACCCUCCCCAGCUUCACAAGCUCAAGGACCACAGCCCGUUGACUCAGCGAGUGGCUUCAGAACACGAGCACGUCUUAUUCAGCAAUAUUUUUCCUAAAUUUUUCCCGAGCAAAACACAAUGCAUAUUCAAAAUAAAAGAGUUUGUCCCAUUUUAUUCACUGCCUUUUUUCACUGCAGCUAUUUUCAGCUGGAGAAGCUGGAGCUUCGCUUUCCUGGUCGCACACUCCAUCUCGUGUAGCUGCUUCGAUUGCUUCAUGUGAAGCGCAUGUUCCGCACGCAUUAGUUUCAUCUUUAGCACAUGCUCCCGCUUCUUCCGCUUGCUGUCCUCUUCAACACCUUGAAUGCGGGCACUGAGCUCUUCUUCAAGGGCUGCCCUUUUCGUUGCAAACAUUCUGCUUUGUACAACAGAAAUCGAGCCUCGCGAGGUAGCCUCUGACGCUGCAGCCGGUAAUGGGGAAGGCAGCUGCGGGGCAGCUGGCUGCGGGGCAACUGGCUGCGGGUCGACUGGUCCUGCUGACAUCUCAGCUGUGACUGCUCAAUUUUGUGUGUCCUGGCUGCUGUCAUCAACAGGGCUUGCCGGCGAAUCCCACUGAUAUAUGUUAUCUGCGAAGACAUUUGCAACUGUUAGCUUUGAACACAACUUAUGAUAACAAUAUGCAUGAAGACUGACUGUGUGAACACAAAUUUUGCUUCCACUUAUCCG